AUGGAUGAAAAUGACGAUAUUCGAGAUGCUCCAAAUAUCUGUAGUCGGAUAUUUAAUCCUUUACAGAAAUACCAGUACUAUCUGGAUAGUUUAACGCCGUAUGGUUCUAUUCGAUGGGGUAUAGCAAUUGCUUUGAUAAUUCUUUUUUUCUGGAGGAUUAUCGACGUUCAAGGAUAUUAUAUAGUAGCUUACGCAGUAGGAAUAUACUAUUUGAACCUUUUCCUUGCUUUCCUAACUCCGCAAAUAGAUCCAGCGCUCAACUUUGAAGAUGAAGAUGACGAAAACCUUACACUACCAUCAAAAGGCAGCGAUGAAUUUCGGCCUUUUAUGAGGCGAUUGCCUGAGUUUAAAUUCUGGCUUUCGACCGUGAAGGCUACGCUAAUAGCAAUCACUUGCACAUUUUUCGACAUAUUUGAUGUACCCGUUUUUUGGCCGAUUCUUGUAAUGUAUUUUAUCAUUCUUUUCGGUCUCACUAUGAAAAGACAAAUCAUGCACAUGAUCAGAUAUCGAUAUAUACCAUUCACUGUGGGGAAACCGAAGAUGCGUGGUCGAGACGACACUGGCGUGGUCAAUCUCGUUGGGAACUUAUCAUUACUGUUAUUGGGCAGGAAGUCCUUUUUAUGGCUUUUCAAAAGCCAGUGUUCUAGGCGUUAG